UUCUCGGCUUGCAUGUGAGACAAAGCAAAGUCCCUUCCGUUGACACACGUCAAGAAGCUGGACGUGCAUUUGGCUGCUGAUACUGAAGCAGAGUACAUGAACAGGAAGCGUAACUUUAUGUGGUUAACCAACCACAGAGCCUGCAUACAGGAAGUUAGCAUCUUUGACUUUAGGGUUUGACAGAUACUUUGUCUGUGAGUAUUCUCACACACACACACGUCUAGAUAAUUGAUCCAAAAAAAUGGCCCAGGGAAAGGAUCAGUCCUUUGCCAGCCGUUUAAUUCAUAAAUAUCUUAAAAGUGGACAAGAGCACAAAGUACAGGAGAGUGAGGUGCCUCAUAUCUCUGAGUUUGCCGUCCUGUGGGAUAAGUCGAUGAAAGAAUUCUUAGCUAAAGCCAAAGAAGAUUUUUUAAGAAAAUGGGAGUGUCCGCCACAAUGCGCAACGACGCUGGACGAAUUUGAAAGGUACAAGACUCUGGGCACAGGCUCAUUUGGAAGAGUAAUGCUCGUAAGGCAUAAAGGAAGAAAUCAGUUCUAUGCCAUGAAGAUCUUGGACAAACAAAAAGUGGUGAAGUUGAAGCAGAUUGAACACACGCUAAAUGAAAAGAGAAUAUUACAGGCCGUCUCCUUCCCUUUCCUCGUCAAAUUGGAAUAUGCUUUCAAGGACAACUCAAACCUCUACAUGGUGAUGGAAUAUGUCCCGGGUGGAGAAAUGUUCUCGCACCUCAGACGCACAGGAAGGUUCAGUGAACACCAUGCAAGAUUUUAUGCAGCUCAGAUAGUGCUCACCUUUGAGUACCUUCAUUCUUUAGACCUCAUCUACAGAGACCUGAAGCCUGAAAACCUGCUCAUAGAUCAACAUGGAUACAUCCAGGUCACAGAUUUUGGUUUUGCCAAACGAGUAAAAGGCAGGACUUGGACGUUGUGUGGAACUCCAGAGUACCUGGCUCCAGAGAUCAUCCUCAGCAAGGGCUACAACAAAGCUGUGGACUGGUGGGCACUUGGAGUUCUCAUCUAUGAGAUGGCUGCUGGUUACCCUCCAUUUUUCGCUGAUCAGCCUAUCCAGAUCUAUGAAAAGAUUGUGUCUGGCAAGGUACGAUUCCCCUCCCACUUUAGCUCUGAUCUAAAAGACCUGCUGAGGAACCUGCUGCAGGUGGACCUGACGAAGCGAUUUGGCAACCUGAAGAACGGUGUGAAUGACAUCAAAAACCACAAGUGGUUUUCCUCGACCGACUGGAUUGCCAUCUAUGAACGCAAGGUAGAAGCCCCUUUCCUGCCCAAGUGCAGAGGACCAGGAGACACGAGCAACUUUGACGACUACGAAGAGGAGGACAUUCAUGUCUCGCAAACGGAAAAGUGUGCAAAGGAGUUUGUUGACUUUUAGUGAACGGGGCUCGGGAGCCCUCAGGGCUCUGCUGUUUUGGGAUAUUUGCACUCCGCUACUACAGUUAAAGUGUUAAAGGUGGAACUGAA